GAUUCGACUGGAACGUAAACAUGAAUUUGUCUGGACUACAUCCGCUGAUGCUCUUUUUAAUGGGUAUCAUCUUUGUAAAACAUGCAGCUUUCAUGGAAACAGUGUACAGCGGGACUAACGUUUCUCUUCUGUGUUCAAACAUCCUGAAAGAGUCCAGUUAUUUAGCCUGGUUCAAGCAGACAGAUGAUUCUCUGCCACUCUGUAUUGUUACUCAAUAUGUUGGCCUGAAUCCUGCUGACUCCACAUAUUUGAAUGGAUUUCAGAAGACUCGUAUAGAGAUGUCAGUGAAUGCAACGUUUUCGACACUGAGGAUUAUCAGCGUGGAUGUUUCUGACUCUGGAACAUUUUACUGUGGAAGUUUUAUCAAAAACCACAUGAAGUUUCACGACCAAAUACAGUUAGUGGUAGUAAAUGUAACAAAUCGCUCUAAUAUAGAAAUUGCAAAUACGGAUUAUGGAACAACUGAAGAGACAUCCUGCCAUUUCUUUUACAUGCUGACACUGAUCUCGAGCGGCUUCAUUUUGCUUCCCACUGUUUUCGCUAUUGUAGUCUUAAUCAAGCUGAAGAAAUUGAAGAAGAAGAAAAAAGAGGUGAAGCACAGUAAAAACAAAAAGAUGAACAAACAGCUGCAGCACAAGGAGCAAGAUGAAGACCUGAACUAUGCAGCUCUUAACUUAGACAAGAAGAGCAGAAGACCAGUAAGAAGCAUGAGGACGGUGGAGCCAAAUGUUGUUUAUGCUGCCACUCGGUGAUCAAACAAUAACAAAACACAAGUGAAACUCUGCCUGUGCUAAACCACAUGUUAAUAACAGUAACUGCAGCUUACUGGUGUC